AUGCUGCUAGCUGCUCGAGCUCGACCUGAACCAGCAGCUGUUCCAGCACCAGCUCCUCCCGUCAUUCCCGAGCCCCCUGCGCGAACUCACGAGCGAUGUGUCUCCUGCGACGAAUUCCUCUUCCCCCAAGAAGUUGAAAUCGAUAUUCCAUGCAAUCACAUGUACUGCGUCCAGUGCAUCGAAGAGCUGUUCAGUCAAUCCUUGGUCGAUGAGUCGUUGUUCCCACCUCGAUGCUGCAAGCAGCCAAUCCCAGUUGACAACGUUCGAGAAAUCUUGGCCCCGGACUUCAUCCAAACUUUCCAGGACAAGAAGCAAGAGAUCGAGACUGUCGAUCGUACGUACUGUUCUGAUCCUCGGUGCUCCAUCUUCAUGCGCCCUAAGAACAUCUCUGGCGAUCGAGCUACCUGCCCAACAUGCCAACAAGUGACCUGCACUAUGUGCAAGGCUCCUUCUCAUGAUGGUAUCUGCCCAGCGGAUGAAGGCACACAACAAGUCCUUGAGCUGGCGAGAGAAAAUGGUUGGCAACGUUGUCCGGUCUGUCAAGUCAUGGUCAGCAUCUCAACCGGAUGCAACCACAUGAGAUGCCGCUGCGGUGCAGGAUGGUGCUACCAAUGCGCUGCUAGAUGGAACAACAACGUCAAGACCUGCGAAUGUCCUCAAUGGGAAGAAAACUUGCUCCUCAGACGUGCCAAUGAGGUCGUCAAUCUUGAAGGACCACAAGAAGGCCAGACUCGUGAAGAACAAAUGGAGGCUGCUAUCGAGACCCUCAAUGUACAUUGCGAACAUGACCGGGGCUGGGCUUUCUCUCAUGGCUCUGCCCAAUGCGCUAAUUGCUCUCAGGUCAUGCCCGUGUUCACCUUGCAGUGUAAUGGAUGCGUUAUUCAUUGGUGCAGACGUUGUACUCUUAACAGAGCCUAG